GACACAAGGACCACUUUUCCCCCCCCUGUAGUGGAGGUGGUCAUAGUCCCUGGUCCCCUUACAGCCUCGGGCAUCCCAAGCAAGGAGAUGGGUUGGGUUGUGCUAACACAGGGAAGGACAACCCUGCCCCUGAGCAUCAGACACCCUGGCCGGCUCUGCCAUGCAGCUCCUGGGCUUCACUUCCUCUGGAGACUUCUUGCAUAGAUACCUGAUUCCUGCCCCAGUGUGGGCUUACAGUCCAGCCUGAUCAGUCAGCCUCCCAGAGCCACCUCUUCUCCUCCUGCUGCUCCCAGUGCCACUGCCAGCCGUGCCCAGGGCUCUGCCUGUGGGUCCUGCAGGUCCCCAGGGUGGUUUCUCUUUAGCUUGAAGCUGUGCAAGCAGGUCCUGCCAUGGUCCUGGGCUGGUGUGUGCUGGCAACUUGUGCGUGGAGCAGGCUUGGAAGACUGUCUUCUGCCAAGAGCUUUGCUUUAUUCCUGCCUGCAGGGUUUUAAGCAUCACCCAUAGCUCCAGCCUGGGCUUCAUGUGACCAUGAGUUUUCCCUUGGAUGUGGUCAUUCAGGGACAGCUUCUCCCUGCUGUUCCUUCGGCCCCUUUGCCAGACCCAUUUGCUGACAAGCAAAGCAAAUGCACUGUGCUCGUGGCACCCUCCUGGUAACCCCCAGGGCGAAAUGGAUUAUUGCCUACUUAUUUCUGACAAGGGGACCUUUGUGCUUCUCCUGAGGUGGUUUAUUUGAGCCUGAUCAAAAACUUCCUGAAAGCCCAAGUCUGCUGUGUCAGCUGGGUUACUCUUCCCAGCAACCCCAUGGGCUGCAUCGGGUCUUGAUAACUUGCUCUGCAGCACUCAGGGGCUGGUUUGGGCAAGCUUUGGGCAAGUGUGAUUCCCCCAGGCCCUUAGCGUGCCUCACAGGUGGCUCCUUUCUGGCUACAGCCCAGCAGGAGCCUUUGGGCCAGUGCCUGGAGAUGUGUCCUCCUCUGGGAGACUUGCAGAAGGGGUGGCUAGGUACAAACUGGGUUAAGUGGCACUUGGUUGGUGUCAGAAUAGCUUUGUUGGCCAAGACUAAUAUUGCAAAGAAAGCAGUUGGUAUGCAGGAAGAGCUAUUUCUUCAGCUGGAAGGAAAUUCCUUUAUUUUGCUUGAUGCAGAACAAUGAAGCAAGCCCUGUGGCACUGCUUUGGAUGCACCCAUCGGGCAGGAAGGACUCGGUGCAGUCAUGCAGCAGGAACGCUGCUGGAAAGGGCACAUUUGUCUUCAGGAACACAAAACCCUUCCAGUUCAAGGGUGCUAUUUGCUAAUGAGUUGUGUGCCUUCACCCUGGGGUGAGCAGAGGAGGCUUUGCUCCCUGCUGCUGGUCCCCAGCACCUCAGGUGUUGGAUGUGAGGUGUGCUUUGGGGUUCAGAGCUGUCCCACUGUGCUGCGGCUGAGACCUGCCCGCAGGACCCAUCUCUCUCCGCGUGUCCUCAGAGUCCCAGUAGCGUGUCCAGCCUUCCCCUGUGCUGUCUGCUCCGAGGGGACCCACCAGACGCUGUGGGCUUUGCCAUCGCAUCCCACCCUUCUUCCUUUCCUCCACCCUCUGUGUUCAGGGGUUGAAGACUGCUUGACCUGUCCUCAGAGUAGCACAAUCAUGGAGCAGAGCCUGCCAGAGGUGGUGCCUGCUGCUCCCCAUGAGCUCUGGCUGCUCCUGCCCUGGUUCACACCAGGCUUUGCUGCACUUUGAGCAAAGCAGGGCUGGUCCUGGCUCUGGAGAGCAGGAGGGAAGGGCUUGUCUCUGCUUGUUUGUACUUCCAGCAGCUCCUAAUCCCUGUCACAGGGUUUCCAUGGAGAAGAACAUGUUCUGGGGCCAUGCCAUGCUCUCUUGUGCGACUCCUCUGGCUCUGAAUGGGUAGCUCUGCUCUUGGCUGGCAGCACGCUUCCCCACUGCUGGGCAUGGGCAGGUUUGGGACGGUGACUCCAAGGCAGAGAUUUCCUGGAAGAGAUGGCUCUGCUGUCACUUAGGGCUGUUCUCCAGGGGUGGGCAGUGUUCCUGGGUGAGACCUCAGGUCUGUGGGCUAGAUUUAGGGUGUCAGUGAGGAGGCUGCUUGAGCUCGAGGAGGAUCUCGUGACUUGGCCCGUGUUCACCUGGGCUGUCAGAGCCCUGUUAUCUCUGUGCCAAAGAGCUUGGGCUUGAAAUUACAUCCGAGGUCGGUGGGAGUUGAAGCUGAGACCUUGUUUGUCAGCUGUUGGCAGAGGAGCGUGGGGCAGCUGAGCUGCAGCAGGGCAUCCCAUGGCUCAAUGCACCCUGAGUCUGAAGGAGGUCCUUGUUUCAUGGUCUGGCUGCUGGUGCCUGCACGGUGGGGAGACAUUGGGUUGAGAUUUGGUGUCACCAGAGUGAGGACUAUGGGCUGGCAUGGUUGGAGACAGAGCACUCAGCCCCACCAGGGCUGACCUUGUCCUUGCCAUGGGGUGGGCUGGUUGAGAGCAGCUCUGGACCCUGGGACAGAACAUCUUCCCUGUGCUGCUUCCAGGUACCGCUUGCCUGGACGCUGAAACCCCACGCCUUCCAUGAGUGGGUUUGGGGCAUCUCACCUGCCAGCAGAGCUCACACUGAGCCGCUUGAUCUGUUGGCCGUGGGUUGGUGAGGAAAGAGCAGGGUCCAGCACCAGGCUGGCAGCAGGGGAGCCUCAGAGCUGCCCUGGCCACCACUGUGGGGUUGUGGGGGGUUGCUGACCUGGCCCUUAUUUUCCCUGUUUCUCUUCUUAGCUCCUGCACCUCUGCAGCCGAGAAGGAGAUGGGAGGAGCGGAGCAAAGGGAGAAGCAAUACCGAGCCCAUCGGGGAUUUGGGGAUCGCCGCGAUGGGGUCAUCAGCGCCCGCACGUAUUUCUAUGCUGAUGAGGCCAAGUGUGAUCAGCACAUGGAGACUUUCCUCCGCUGCAUUGACGCCUCAGGUGGCAGCUCAGAGGACGGCUUCUCGGCCAUCAAGCUGACAGCACUGGGCAGACCUCAAUUCCUGCUGCAGUUCUCGGAGGUGCUGGUGAAGUGGCGGAGGUUCUUCCACCAAAUGGCCGCGGAGCAGGGCCAGGCUGGGCGGGCAGCAGUGGAGAUGAAGCUGGAGGCAGAGAAGCUGCAGGAGGCCCUGGCCAACCUCGGCAUCGCGACCAAGGCGGAGAGCCAGCACUGGUUCACGGGCGAGAACCUGGGUGUCAGUGGCACUGUGGACCUGCUGGACUGGAACAGCCUGAUUGACAGCCGCACCAAGCUCUCCAAGCUGCUGCUUGUCCCCAACACGCAGACCCGGCAGCUGGAGCCUCUGCUCUCACGCUUUACUGAAGAGGAGGAUCUGCAGAUGAAGCGGAUGCUGCAGCGGAUGGACACACUUGCCAAGAGAGCCACGGAGAAGGGUGUGAGGCUGAUGGUGGACGCAGAGCAGAGCUACUUCCAGCCAGCCAUCAGCCGCCUCACCCUGGAGAUGCAACGCCGCUUCAACAGGGAUCGGGCGAUCAUCUUCAACACCUACCAGUGCUACCUGAAGGAGGCUUAUGACAAUGUGACGGUGGAUGUGGAGCUGUCACGCCGGGAGGGCUGGCACUUCGGCGCCAAGCUGGUCCGUGGUGCCUACAUGGAGCAGGAGCGGCAGAGGGCAGCCCAGAUUGGCUAUGAGGAUCCCAUCAACCCCACCUAUGAGAAAACCAACGAGAUGUACCACAGGUGCCUGGACUAUGUCCUGGAGGAGAUCAAGCACAGCCGGAAAGCCAACGUGAUGGUGGCAUCUCACAACGAGGACACAGUGAAGUUUACCUUGCGCAGGAUGAUGGAGCUUGGGAUCCAUCCUUCAGAGAAGAAGGUGUGCUUUGGGCAGCUGCUGGGCAUGUGUGACCAGAUCACCUUCCCCCUGGGUCAGGCGGGCUUCCCUGUCUACAAGUACGUGCCGUAUGGCCCGGUGAAUGAGGUGCUGCCCUACCUGUCCCGGCGGGCCCAGGAGAACAGGGGUUUCAUGCAGAGGGCGAACCGGGAGCGGGACCUUCUCUGGAGGGAAUUCAAGAGGCGGCUCCUUGCGGGCAGCCUCUUCAGCCCCAACCACUAACCCCAACCGUGGCGUCCAGCCCGAGGUCUCUUGUGCCUUCACCUGUAACCACUGUUGCCAUUCCCCGUCCUAGUUCUGCUGCAGUUUGCCCCCCCCAGCACCCUUUGCCUUGGGAGGGGACGUGUCCUUGUUGAUGCUUGAAACCACAGCCACCUUCUGGAAGUCACUACUGUAGGGUUGCCCCAGCUGGCACUGCCCCGAGGGAUGUCCCCCCGCCAUCCCAGGGGAUUUUGAGCUGUGUAUGCCCUGGGCUCAGGGGGAUGCCAGCCCCCUGCCAGCCCCCCUGCCUCAGUGAAUGCUUGCCCAGGGUUUUCCCCAUGUGGGGAAAUUUGGCACGGGGAGAUUUGGCCACCUCCUUUGUGCCAUGGGUUAGGUCCAAGGUGGGCUGGGUGCCUGGAGGACAAGCUGGCCUCAGCCAGAAGGUCCUCUAGCCUCUGUCAGGGGCUUAGUCUCUCCCAGCUCCAUGGAGGCAGAUGCUGAAGCAGAGACCACAGUGACUGGGGACGGGAUGAGUCCCUGCUGCCUGUCCCAGGGCAACCACUACCUGGCUGCUCACCAGCUUUGCACAGACCAGAGGUGGGCAGGUCCUGGGAAGGACCAGGCUCUUCCCCGCGUCCCACUGGGCUGAGCAGAGUCAAAGCUGCCCAGGGUUGUCCAUCCUCAGGCCCACAUCCUGUGGGGCAGGAGGGGCGAGGGGAGCUGGCUGGCCCAUCCCUGCGCUGUUCCUGCCCUGGCUGUGGUCCCUGGCCACUGUGGGCAGGGGUGGUGGCCAUGUGGGAGCAUUGGGAGCUGGACCGUGGCUCAGCUCUGUUCUACACUGGAUUUGCUGAGAAUAGUGUUGAUUAAAUCACAACUGUUCUUGC